GCCGCCUGCUGCAGUUCAGUAACUUUGUUGUCUAUCCAAAAAGUCGUUUGACAAAAUAGUUCUACGUAUCGGAAAAAUUGUGACGGUAUUAUUCCGUUGAAUAAAGCCUACUUAUAUCAUGGACCGCAGGCAUAAGCAGUCUAGGUGGGACUCACACAGGAGUUCAAGCACGGCUCCACUUGGCCUACCUGUAUCAAAUUAUUCUGGUUAUGGGCUUUUUAUUCCUGAAGACUGGUUCCUGAGACUGAAUCGAAGGCACCAAGUUCUGGGCCGCCCCAUAAAAGCCUCAUCCUCGAAACCUAAACAGAGAUUCUGGAUUUACAGACCAUUGCAGAUUUCAGUAGUUCCACCUAUUGGUACUGCUGUUCACUCAUUAUAUGCAAAUUAUCCCCAAGUAGUUCUCCCUCCAUACUGGCCAAUGAACAUGGGGCAGAAAGCUUCUGGUGGUAUCAAGACUGUAUCGAUAUCAAGAGUCUCUUCUGCUACAAUACACAGGCCGAUGGCAAAAGAACUUGCCAUUAAUCCUGAUUUUCAAAGACCUGGCAGACUUGAUGUUUUGCUUGACAUGCCACCUGCAAGUCGUGAACAACAACUGAAGCAUGCAUGGAAUCCAGAUGACCGUUCACUGAAUAUUUUUGUCAAAGAAGAUGACAAAUUGACUUUCCAUCGGCAUCCAGUGGCUCAGAGUACAGACUGCAUAAGAGGCAAAGUGGGCUAUACGAGGGGUCUUCAUGCUUGGGAAAUACAUUGGAACAUGAGACAGCGAGGAACUCAUGCAGUGGUUGGUGUCUCAACUCGUGAUGCUCCCUUACACUCUGUAGGUUACCAAUCUCUUGUUGGAAGUAAUGCUGAAUCCUGGGGGUGGGAUUUGGGUAGAAAUAAACUAUAUCAUGAUGUGAAAAAUAAUCCUGGUGUUACAUACCCUAGCCUUUUGAAUUCUGAUGAACCUUUUGUGGUUCCAGACACUUUGCUGGUAGUUUUAGACAUGGAUGAAGGAACGUUAUCCUUUGUUGUUGAUGGACAAUAUCUAGGUGUUGCAUUCCGUGGCUUAAAGGGCAAGAAACUAUAUCCUGUAGUAAGUGCCGUUUGGGGACAUUGUGAAAUUACAAUUAAAUAUUUUGGUGGAUUAGAUCCUGGACCUUUGCCUUUAAAAGAUAUAUGUCGACGAGUCAUUAGGCAACAAAUUAAUAAAAGACGCCUUGGACGAGUACAUGAACUUAGCUUACCUAAAGCUCUGAAAAGUUAUCUCUUGUAUCAAGAUUGAAUUAUUAAAAACAACCAACAACUUUAGUAUUAACUCCAUUUUGGGACCACCUCCAGUGCAAAUUACGACUUCACAUCAAGAUGUGAUAUUGGUCCAGAUCAUUUCUUGUGCCAUAAAAUGAUUCUUAUAACGUAGUAAUUUGUAUUAUGUAACGAUGAAUUUCCUUGGUUUGUACCUUUGUUAAGAUUUGGCUAGUUAUGUAAAGGGAGUAUGUUCUUGUACUGUUCAGUUAAUGUGUUAUAAAAGUACUUAAUUUAUGUCAUUAUUAAGAUAUAAAUUUGUAGAUAUUACCAGUCACUUCUGAAUUACAAUUCAAAAGAUGGCUUUUCAAUUGCAUUUGACAUGCUUUGGAAUUUCUAGCAAUAUGGCAGCUAUCUACCUCUGUAUGCUAGAAUGAAAAGGUAUUAGUAUGUUAUGUAAAUUAAGUUUUAAAUGUAUGCUUUUGAAUUGCUGUUUUAUUUGUAAAAUUUAUAUUUUUUUAUGAUGCUCCUCCAAAUUCAUCUUUUAUUUUCUUUCCUUAAUUCCCUGUGAAUUUUUUUUUAAAAAUAUUGUUUGUCGUGAUCUUGUAUUUAUAGUAGAAUAAGUUUGUAAAUACAUCAAUCUGUGAUCUUUUCUCAACUAUCAUUGAUUGUUCUUUACAUUAGGAAAUAUUUGUGUAUAUUUUGUUAUUGUUCCAAAAUCGCAACAGACAUGAUAAAGAAAAUUUUUAUUUAUUCAAUUUCAAUUCUUUUGAGUUGCACUUAAUGGGGGAAAAUUUGUGUUUCAAGAUUGACUCAAAUUAUCAUGGCAUUUAUGAUUGAUGCAAUGGGAAAUGUAAAAUUUUUAAAACCAUUUCUUCCAAAAUAAAAGGCUCUCAAAAGAUAA